AUGAUUUCCAGCAUCAGUGGAAUGCUGAACCUCAACAACCUGGACAUGACAAGCGAUGCCAAUGACGUCAUAAUCGUGCGCCACCCCAACGGCCGACUCUACAGCACGCAGUUCAACGUGCGUUUCGGCAAGGUGAAGGUGCUGCGCCCCAGCGACAAGGUCGUACAGGUGGAGGUGAAUGGCGUACCGACUACCGCCGUGAUGAAGAUGGGACCCGACGGCGAGGCGUAUUGGCUCAAGCCGACGUUUUCAUCGGAGAGCGAGGUUGGCAGGCCGGAGUCACCUGUUGCCACCGCCAACGCCUCGUCGCUACCGCUUGAGCCGGUGCCAAAGUCUGAAUCACAGUCGACACGUGCGGCAAAGGCAGCAACAGCCUCAGUAACGACGGAAGAAGCGGCGACAGAAGCCGAGGCAAUGCCAUUUAGGGCGGAGAGCGAUAUCGCCGCCAAACAACCGUUAAUUGAAGAGGACAUCGAUGGGCAUCUUAAGGUGAAUGAGGCGGCAAGGCAGCUGGGGGCGGACCUCACGGAGGUGAAGCUCGCUCAGGAAACCGUUGUGGCAGCAGAGCGAGCUAUGCGCAAGAUUGCCCGACUCUCCAUUGAAGACGAUGAGUACUUACGCGAGACAGCUCUUCUUGAAGAGCAAGAGGGUGUUUUGUCACCAAAGCUUGCGAUGUUUGAACGCCACGGUGAUGCAUUUAAAACUGCUCUAAGCCAACUCGACACACUCGGUGGGACUCCGUCUAAUAGUUGCGUUUCUGCUCCUGCAGAUGGUGGUGAUGCUUCUGUAGGAGACGAAAGGAAACCCGUUUCUGCCUUUACCAGGCCUGUACCCACCAACGAGGGGGGAUGUGACGGGGCGGAAACAGCAGCAGCAGCAGCAGGCGCGGAAGCAGCAACCCCAAGAACUGACGUUGCAGCUGAGCCAAGGACGGUUGCAGUCGAUGUGCAUGAUGGGUCGACACUGGCCUGCGUGCCAGCCAGCAUUGCUGCGAGCGACGACGAAAUCGACAUAAUGGACGAUGACUAUAUCUUCGAGGGUAUCAUUGAUGAAGAGGCGUACGAUGCGUAUGAACUGGAUACCUCCACCGUCCACAGGGCGGGCGCCUCCCCGAUGCGGCCCGCGUCUUCGCCGCGGCGCCGCCGCUCGGCUCCUCAGAAUGCCCCGGGCCCCAACGACGCGGGCAACAUGAUGUAUUUCACGCGCACCCAAAUCCCCACAGAGGCGGAUAUGCGCAAACUGAAUCUCGUGGAAGGGCAUAACCGGGUGCGCUACAUCACACACAGCUCACUGCGUGGUGAGGUCACCGUGGAGGCGAAUGUGUUCCUUUGGGACAGCACCGACCGUCUCGUCGUGAGCGAUGUGGAUGGCACCAUCACAAAGAGUGACAUGCUGGGGCACUUGAUGCCGCUGCUCGGUCGUGACUGGACACACCCCGGCAUCUGCGCGCUCUACAGCAAGAUUGACCAGAACGGGUAUAAGUUUGUCUACCUCACUGCGCGCAGCGUCUCACAGAUCAGCAUGACGCGCCGGUUCCUGUGGAGCAUCGAACAGGAUGGCUAUCGGCUGCCGAAGGGGCCGGUGCUGACGGCACCGCAGCGCUUCUUCACCGCGCUCACACAGGAGGUGUCAAAAAAGUCACACUUCUUUAAGAUUGCGUGCUUGAAGACUGUUCUUGACGCAUUCCCGCUACACAGCAAGCCGUUCUACGCAGGCUUUGGAAACCGACUCAACGAUAUGGUGAGUUACGCCGCGACACGGAUCCCGCAACACAAGAUCUUCAUCAUCGACACCAACAGUGCACUGCAUAUCUACAAUGUGAAGCAAACAUACAAGAAUCUUGCACAACUGGUCGAUGUCACGUUCCCACCUAUAACAAAGCGGUCUUAUUGGCAAAGGAGUGCAGAGAAAAGUAGCCAUAAGCAACCCCCCGGGGGGUCAGGUGAUACCGACGCCGGCAGCAAUAGCUCCUUUGGCUUUGUCACAGGCACGCGGGGGUCGGCAUCCCCGGCACUUUUCUCGCUUGAUGGGAGCGUGUCGGUGUCGUCGAAUGCCGGCGAUGAUGAUCGGGCGCACGGAUCAUCCAGUGCUGCGUUGCAAGCCGCAUACUUUGCGGAGCAUGGCGGCGAAGGUGCCCACAAGAUGGGCCUCGUCGAGUCGUCGCUGGAACACAGCGCCGACAUGGCCCUCGACCAGGACUUCAACUCGUUCCUUUACUGGCGGGUUCAUCCAAGCGAUAUGUUGCCCGAGAAGAAGACGGCGGAAGGGUCAGCCUCACCCAAGGGCGAAACGAAGAAGCAACAGCAGCAGCAGCAGCAGCAACAACAACAACAACGUAGUAGGUGGCUGACUAUCAGCAUCCUCUCGAAUAAUGCGAGCGAGAAUUCUCAAGGAAAUGAUCAGGAGUCUAAAAAGGAUGGAAACACUGUUGAUGCCAGAGGAGGCCCAGCGGCACAACAGCCGCCAUCAGUGGGAAGUGGUACUGAGAAGAGUUCCGAAGGCGUCGGUGACGCGUCACGAACGCCAACGCGGGUGGCGGAACGCAAUCUCCACCAAGAUGAGACGUUAAGGAGUCAAAAACCUGCUAGUGGUGGGGCCGGCACGCCAAUCCGUCCCCCUGCAGCGAAGGAUGAGCCACCUGGACGUGGAGGCGACGCAGCGUCACCUUCUAAAUCGCCUGGUUGUAGUACUGAUAGUGGUGUUCCUCCUGCCACUGUUGCUGCUGCGACCUCUGCCAGCAAAGAGGGCUUCUCGCGUGGGUGGCUCUUUUGGAAGUCGACGGCGUCUUCCGUCGAAACUGCACCAUUGGAGUCUUCCGCCUCUGUGCAAGAGCUUGCACAAGAUGAGAGAAAUGAGGUGAAGGAGGAGGGAGAGGGGGCGUGUGCGGUGCCGUUCCCAAACGAGCUCUUCAGCGAUGGGCACGCGGCGCCUCAAUAA